UUUUUAUUCACAAAUUUGAUUGCAAAAUUGAGUGGCUAUUAAUUAAUUGUUCCUAGAAUUAUUAGUUUUUAUUUAACAUUUAAUUUAUAUGCAAUGUAUCUUAGAAUUAUUUAAUGAAAUAAACAUUAUUUAAAGACAUUUUUAUUAAUUAGUUAACAGUUGACGAAUAAUUAAUUUACUCUAAAAAAAAAAUAACAUGUUAAGUAGUUCAGUAAAAGUUAUUUGCACCAAAACUUUUAUACCGACUGUGAUAAGUGUUAGGCAUAGAAGAAUAAAUGUGCAAAAACCACGAGCACCACAUCAUUAUCGAGCUACAAUAAACGCUAUUAUUCAGCCAAAAUUUGACUGGCCUAUUCCCCAUAAGAUGCCUUGGACUGAAAGAUGUCCAAAACCCCUAGUUCAGAAAUUUAAGUCUGUGGAAGAUAAUCCAUAUGAACGCAUUUUAGCAAAAGAAGUUCGUGAACUUUUUGAACAGAGUGCAAUGGUAGCAGUAUUUCACAAGAACCCAGUAAAUGCUGAAAAAGAUUUUAAGUCUUACAAAACAUUUAAAAUGUCUGGAAUGAACUUGACUAUUUAUGGUAAAAGUACAUUAAAGGUGGCUUUAACUAAUACCAAUUAUGAAGCAGUUUUACAAUUGUUUCAUUCACAUAGUUCAAUACUUUUCAGUAGUACUUUACAAGUACCAAAAUUAUUACAGAUGAUCAAAAAAAUGCCACACCUAAUUUUAUUAGCUGGAAUAGUAGAUGGUAAAUUCUUGAGUAAAACACAACUUGAAGACUAUGCAAGUUUGGGUACAAUAGAUAAUGCAAGAGCUCAUUUAGUUGGAUUACUUGAUAAAAUAAACAAUAGAUGCUUACAUAGAAUUGGACAAACUCAACUAUCUAUGGCACACUAUUUGGAAGAAUAUGGAAAAUCCUUGGCAAAAAAUAAUUUAAAAGACGAUACAUCGGAAAAUUUUAGUUAGAAGAAUAUAAAAUUAUGUCAAUGUUGUAACACAAUUAUUUUAGAUUAACAUGUUAAUCGGUACUAUAAAUUUAAAUAAAAUAAAUAAUAUUAUUUACAUUUA